GUGCAGUCAACAUUUGCCCCAAUUGGCCUGACAGAGCCAUGGCUCAGACAGAGCUCUUGUUUGCUUUGCUGACCACCGGCGAAUGCUGCGAAGCCAACGACUGGAUCAAGGCUUUGAAGAGGCUCCAUCCGGAACGCAUCGAUUGGAGCAGCCGGAACGACGACGGCCUCACCAUCCUUGUCCAGUGCGUGAUUGUCCUGCUCAGAAACUCUUCCUGUGAACAAGAGAUGCUGAACAUGAUUGAACAUUUUAUUAGCUAUGGGGCAAGCAUUACGCAGAAGUGUACAGCAGAGGCAAGUGCUACAUUUGUUUUUUAUAAAGAUUCCGAUGGAGACGAGCUGCUCGUGAAACCCUCCGGUCUCUCAGCCAUAUCGUACGUUCAGGCUUGGGCGCGAGAGUUUGAUGUCGACACAAGAUUUUCCGAUGAAUCCAAACGACUGGCAAAGGCCCUCAACUGUUUCGCAGGGGCCGAGACGCAACAUGUCCGAGUCCCAGUGUACGAGGGCAUCAUCGAGCUUUGGGAAAAGUUUUUGACCGCCGAAUCUGCGCACGACUUGACCAUCGAAGCAGCUGAUGGGCUCGUGACAGCUCAUGCUCAGAUGCUCAAAGAAGCAUCUGCUGUGGUUACUGCGAUGUUGGCCUCACCAAUGAAAGAGGGGCAAUUGCAACGGAUCCAGGUGAAAGAUGUUGCGAAGAGGGAGGUGUCGCUCUUCCUAGAGAUGCCCAGCUGCAGUGCUGUCGCUCCGGUAAAUAUCGAUUCAUCACGGAAGGCUCCCAUAUGAGCAACCGCUUUUAUUUAGGCUUUCUAAAGUAGUGUACGGCAUGCUCUAUUUGCUUGUCUAUCGUCAGUAUUCGCUUGUGAACGAGAUAAGGCCCCCACAUAAACGCGAUAUUUUUUCUUGAUGACACUAAAGUAGUCUGAACGAGAUAGUAUGAGAUAGUGUGAUCUGCUACUAAAUUUGUUUGAACGAGGUACUGUGACAUGACCUCCUACUGAAGCAGUCUAAACGACAUAGGGCCCUCACAUUAUAGUGUGUAUUUGAGUUUAGUACCAAAGAAAUGCUUGGAGAUGUUUGGAAUACCUAGCUGUUUGGUGGAGAUGUUUGAUGAUUUUUUUCCUUGUGGUUGUGAAGUUAAAGGGAGAAGACGUACAUGAUCAAUGAUCCGAUGAACAAGAGAGAGAGAGAGAGAGAGGAAAAAUAUCGAAGGUGAAAAGACUCAGCGAGAGAGGAAGGGAGGCAGGGGAGGAUUUUGUACACCUGCUCCACGCACAACGAGCCUGACUACAAGACCGCUUUGCAGGCGCUGGAUUUGGCUCAUCGUUGGCAGGUGGAUGUCGUGGUCAUGGUCCUCGCAAAUCUGCUUCAAGGCCCGGCAGAGGAUGACCGAGCCUGGGUGGUUUCCCCAAACAGAGGUCGUCACGAGUUUAUCAUAGCUUACAAGGUUAUUCGACAUUAUGGCAUAAUGUACUGGUGCUUCAAGAAGUAGCUUGUGGAUGCAGUUGGUUGUUUGCCUCCCUGGUGCAUUCUGUUCUGAUCGAAUCUAUAUUCGUUUGGUCUCGGGAGUUGUG